AAGCCCGCAUCUCGACGUGCAUCCUGGAUUACCACGAUUUAAGCACUGAUUCCACUCAACGCGUUGAACUACAGCCACCGCAUCGCGCACGAUGCGAUGGCCCUGGACUUCCGAAACAGACAUUCACAAGCGCUCGGAUAGUUCCUGGAGCUGGAAACGCUUUACAGAACCGCAAACCAUCCUCGCAUCGCUCGUUCUAGCUGGCGGUCUCCUCACAUCUGUGCGUGUCUACAAAGAGUAUCUUAGGCGCAUACCCAAUUCGAAAUAUAUUAAGCCAGGAUGGCUAAGGCAGAAAAGUCUGUUUGGAACUGUCACAAGAGUUGGUGAUGCAGAUGGCUUCCAUCUCUACCACACACCAGGCGGAAGACUGGCAGGAUGGGGUUGGUUUCCAGGAAGAUCAAUACCAGUCAAUAGAAAGGAGCUAGUUGGCCAGACGAUAUCAGUCCGUAUUGCCGGCGUAGAUGCACCUGAGUUGGCACAUUUCGGACAGGAGGGGCAGCCGUACGCCAAAGAGGCGCACCAGUUCCUGAUCGGUCUCAUAGACGGCCGAAGAGUACGAGUAUAUCUCCACAGUCGUGAUCAGUACGACCGGGUCGUCGCUACUACCUACGUUCGACCGUGGGUUUUGAAGAAAGACGUGGGACUGGAGAUGCUAAAACGCGGCUUGGCUACUGUAUAUGAGGCCAAGACCGGGGCUGAAUAUGGAGGCAAGAAAGAGCUGUACGAGACUACGGAGCAAAAGGCAAAAGACAGCAAAGUAGGCAUGUGGGAAAAACCAAAUCUUCUGUCUCGCUUGGUUGGUACGAAAGAGUUUCGGACAGAGUCGCCUAGAGAAUAUAAAAACAGACACAAGGAGGAAGCCGUCAAGAAGUAAAAGGGAGAAUCUAUGCUGCAUAGCGAGGCGUUUGACAGAAUAAAUCCCUAUGAUAUCUGCUUGAUUAUACCAAACAAUAUCGAAUUUAUCAUGCCUCAGGCUGCAACUGCUCCACGGCUAAUGAAAUGGGCGGGCUCUCCACCGUCUUAAUUAGGUACUUCGGUACCGUCCCCGAGUUCGGAC